ACCCGGCCGGCGUCCCAAGAUGGCGGCAGCGGCGGCGCCCGGAAGGCCGCGGCGGCGUCCCAGCUGCUAAGGCGGGCCCCAGGCGGCUGGCAGCGGACAGGUCGGACCUAGUGCUGGAGCACCGGCGGCAGCCGCCUCUGCGCGGACCGGGCCUGGGCCGUGCGGCGGCGGUGGCGCCAGGGGAUGCUCUUGCUGGGCCUGGCCUCUUCCUCCUCAACUUAGGGCGGCGGCGGGCCCGCGCCCCUGGCUCCCGGGCCAUGGCGCUGAGGGAGCUCAAAGUGUGUCUGCUGGGGGAUACAGGUGUAGGUAAAUCGAGUAUUGUGUGGCGAUUUGUGGAAGACAGUUUUGAUCCAAACAUCAACCCAACAAUAGGGGCAUCUUUUAUGACCAAGACUGUCCAGUACCAAAAUGAGCUACAUAAAUUCCUAAUCUGGGAUACAGCUGGACAAGAACGAUUUCGUGCCUUAGCACCAAUGUACUAUCGAGGGUCGGCCGCAGCUAUAAUCGUUUAUGAUAUCACAAAAGAAGAGACAUUUUCAACAUUAAAGAAUUGGGUGAAAGAGCUUCGACAGCAUGGCCCACCUAAUAUUGUCGUUGCCAUUGCAGGAAAUAAGUGUGAUCUUAUUGAUGUAAGAGAAGUCAUGGAGAGAGAUGCAAAGGACUACGCCGACUCUAUUCAUGCAAUUUUUGUAGAGACCAGCGCAAAAAACGCGAUAAACAUAAAUGAACUCUUUAUAGAAAUUAGUCGAAGAAUUCCAUCCACUGACGCCAACCCGCCAUCUGGCGGUAAGGGCUUCAAACUCCGAAGGCAGCCUUCAGAGCCAAAGAGGAGCUGCUGCUGACCGAACCUCAGCCUCUCAGACUUGAUGAUGAAGUAGGUGGUCCUGAAAGUUAACAGGAGGGCUGGGGUCCUGCCACCAGUUUCCACCUAGCCGGUCUUGAGUCUUCUCCGUGCAAAAAGGAUUCAUAGAUACUGACCAGUCUCUUCUCCAAAGACUGCAGCAAUGACAUUUCAGUCUGUGGACUUCUAUUAUGUAAAGAAUCUCUAGUGUACAAAGGGACUACAUCAUUGGCUUUUGACUUUGCUGAAAAGGAACAUAUAAUUGUAUGGAUGGUAAGAUUAAAUUGUUGAGUAGUUUUGUAAUCAAGAUUUUAUGUAACAUUUGUAAAGGGAAAAUUAGCACUUUUGUGGUUCUUAAGGGAAAAAAAAGACCUUGUGGAGAUUAUCAUUUCCUUGGCUUCUGUUACCACUGUUAGAGGGAGUUGUAUCAUAUAGUAGGAUGGUCUAAGUGGAGAAAGGACAAUUAUUAUCUGAAGCUAAAAUGGGUUAUUUAUAGGACUGAUGGAAAUGACUUCAUCUCUGCCAUCUCUAAAGCACUUUUCAUUAACUAUGUUAGCCUAGGAUACGUACAGUAAAUUAACAAUGAUAGCAGCAGAUCCGUAGCUCACCCUGGGUUUGCUUCUGACCUCGUCAUGUGUGUGCCACCAAACAUGUUAUUGGCACCUUUUUAAAAUAAGCUCUCAUGAUCAAGAUGGUGAUGGUAGAGAAGCUGCCUGGAAUAAAUUGAAUUUCGUGUGUUCUAACUGACUAGCAAUUGUUUAAAAAGGAAGAAGAGAGGGAGUAAAGUUGGUGUAAAUGCUGUCAAUUUUUUUUUUUAACCCAAGUAUUUUGGUGGGGAAAAACAAGUAUCUGUUGCUUAGCAUAUGUAAAGUUGUAGUCUAUAUUUAUGAGGGCAUUGCUUAAAGGUUAUAAGUUAUGUAAAUACAUUAAUAAAUUCUAAGUUUCAUUUGACAUUCCAUUGAAUCUUGCACCCAGUCUUGCGUGUGCCCGCCCCGUUUUCAGCCUGUUAACGGGAGACUCAAGCACAUUGGUAUUGUAUAAAGGCAUAGAGAGCACUUAGCAUCUCUGCCUUCCUUGCCACCCACCCGCCUCCUGCCAGAUCCCGUCUGGAAAUCAUAAUAAAGACAUAUGCCACUUUGACAA